AUGUCAACAAUAACAAACAAUGGAUUAUCUUCGCAAUUGGAUCUACAGACAUCGUCCGAUAUUUAUGUGGACGGCGAUCUUAGAAGAACAACAUCGAAAAACAAAGUUAAAAGGAAUCCGUCCUUAUGGAAAAAGCUACUAGUAAGAAAGCAUACAAUGGAUGGCCAACUCUACUGUGAAUCACAUAUUCCUCAUGACUCAGUGUCUUCGCAGCCAUCAUUGCAACAGGAAAAAGACAAGAAUGGGGAUUGCCUGAUUGAAAUGCUGGAAAGAAUGCAGUGUGAUAGAAUAGAUGACCAACGAUGUGACAUGACAUCUUUCUAUAAGAAAAAUCUAAAUAAUACAACAAUAUCUGAGCCACCUGGACGUUUAACUGGCUUGAACAAAGGGCAGCUGACUCCUACUGGAGAUGGCACAAUAUCACUUUCACAACCUCCAAAGAAAGAAGAUUUCCUUGAAACUUUGAUGCAGUGCCAGGGACGUCGACUAGAUGAACAGCGUUGUCCUCUACCAUCUUCUCUAAAACAAAGUCCUUUACCAGUUAGUGAAUCAGCUGAAGAGCUUCCGAAACAGAAGAAUGAUGAAGACCUUGUCAGAGAAUUGCUCUCAAAGUCUGGUCCCUACCCUAUGAUUUUCUUGCCACAGUCUGGUCGUUAUUGGUUUGACGAAACUCCUAAUGACAGUGAUACACCUGGCAAGAUUAAAUUGGAAAACACUGGAUUAGAAAAUGCAGAAUGUUACCGGAAAUAUUUUCUUGGACAAGAACAUUUUAAUUAUUACAUAACAGAUGAUAUAUUAGGCCCAAUUGUGAUGUCAAUAAAGCUGGAUAAUUCAACAUCUCAAGAAUGUGUACGCAUCAUUUUAAGGACAAGGAACUUUUUACGACAUGAAUAUGUCCCGUCCAAUAUUAUUAGUGAUUCCCCAACUCCAGAUAAAUUAGCAAAACGUUUAUGUGAAGAAAUUUCAAUUGACAAAUUCUACCCUGUUUUAUCUCCAAGAGCAUCUGAAAAAAUUGUAGCCUACGAUGAACAUGUGCUAUGUAGUAAAUAUAAGUUUGGUGUUAUUUAUCAAAAAUUUGGACAGAUCAAAGAAGAAGAUUUAUUUGGAAAUAUUUCUCACAGUGCUGCAAUGGAUGAGUUUUUGGAUCUCAUUGGUAGACAAGUAUUAUUAAAAGACUUUCAGGGUUUCCGAGGGGGACUUGACAUAACACAUGGGCAAACUGGGGAUGUGUCCAUUUAUACAGAAUUCAUGGAUAAUGAAAUAAUGUUCCAUGUCUCUACAUUGCUACCUUACUCAGAUGGUGAUUCACAACAGUUACAGCGGAAGCGUCACAUAGGAAAUGAUAUUGUAGCCAUCGUCUUUCAAGAAGAAAACACACCAUUUAUUCCUGGUGUAAUAGCUUCCCAUUUUCUUCAUGCUUAUAUUGUGAUUCAACCAAUCAAUUCUAACACAGAUAAUGUCAUGUACAAGGUGGCUGUAACAGCACGUGAUGAUGUACCUUUCUUUGGACCCACACUUCCUCAGCCUGCCAUUUUCAAGAAGGGACCAGAAUUCCGUGACUUUGUGCUUGCAAAACUCAUCAAUGCUGAAAGAGCCUGUUGCACUGCAGAGCAGUUUGCCAAAUUGGCAGGUCGAACUCGAGCAGCUUUAUUGGAUGGGUUGUAUAUGGAACUUGACAAGAUGAACUCUGAAUAUUUUGGAGUUUCAUUUCUUCAACCCUCAAAGCAUGAAGGGAACAAAUUUUUGAAUACAGUCAAGCGAGCACUUAGUGGAAAGAACCGGACACCUGCACUGGAUGCUCGAGAUAAUCGGAAAUCCAAUGGCAUAACAGUUUCCCUACCAACUGUUGGAGAGGAUGAGAGGACUCCAACAGUGGCUAAAAAGUCUCCAACAGGUUUCAAUAGUUUGAACCGGAAUCUUUCUGGUGGCUUUGAUAAGAAAAACAAAAUGAACCGUAUGGACAGUCAAAGCACUCAGUCUUCAUAUCGGACAUGGGUAAUCCUCCCAAUGUCAGUCCAGUCCAAGUUCUUUCACAAACUCAACAUCAAGGUAUUUACGCAUUUAUAUUAG